AAUUGGCAUUAUCACUCACUUUUUUUUCUCUGUUUUUGGCCAAUUUGUCCCUCAAAGUCAAAAUGUUAACCCGCCAUCUACUGACCAUCACCGCCUUAGCAAUAAUUCUCGCAGGAGCCCUGCUGCCCAAAAACGUAAUGGGUCAGAAUUGCGGGUGCUCCCCAGGUCUAUGCUGCAGCCAAUAUGGGUAUUGUGGCUCUGGCAAAGACUAUUGCGGCCCCGGGUGCCGACAGGGCCCUUGUUUCGCAGCCCCUGGCAACAAUGCUGUUUCAGUGCCCGAUCUUGUCACACCAGAUUUUUUCAAUCGCAUAAUCAAUCAAGCUGCUCCAAGUUGUCCUGGGAAGAAUUUCUACACUAGAAAGGCAUUUCUUGAAGCUCUCAAUUCUUAUUCAGGAUUUGGAAAGAUAGGUUCUAGUGACGAUUCUAAACGUGAGGUUGCUGCUUUUUUUGCUCAUGUCACCCACGAGACUGGAUAUUUUUGUUACAGGGAGGAGCAGAACACAGGUGAUAAAAGCUUCUGCGACCCAAGUUACAGGGAUUACCCAUGUACUCCAGGCAAACGCUACUAUGGGCGUGGCCCAAUUCAACUGACAUGGAAUUACAACUAUGGAGCAGCAGGAAGGAGCAACAACUUUGAUGGAUUGAACAAUCCUGAAAUUGUUUCACAAAACCCUGUUAUCUCAUUUAAGAGUGCUUUGUGGUUCUGGAUGAACAACGUUCAUUCUCGGGUAACACAAGGAUUUGGGGCUACAAUUCAAGCCAUUAACAGUGGUGAAUGCGGUGGCAAAGAAACCAGAAAGGUUCAAGCUCGAGUUGAUUUGUACACAAAAUAUUGUAGCCAAUUUGGUGUGUCUCCUGGUGGUAAUCUAUACUGCUAAGAGAAAAAAGAAAAAUCAUGUACUGGAAUGGACUGAUUUAUUAAAUAAUCAUAGAUAGAUACAUCUGUCUAUUAAAUGUCCUCUUCUUCUUAGUGUCAUGUAUCAGUAUUAUGUCUAAAUUUAUGUAAUUAGUUUGUGAAA